UAACUGCUCCACUCAGCUCACUCACAAGCACAGCUGAAAUUCCCUCUCUCUCUCUCUCUCUCUCUCUCUCUCUCUCUCUACUAUUUCGUUUUGUUGUGUUCAAGUAUGGUAAAUGUGAAUGCAUAGCGCAAACUUCUGGAUUGCAGUAGCAUUUGCAGGUGAAAAUUCCAAAAGUUGGAUCGCGCAUACUAAAUUGGUUAUCAAUCUCCCUAUUGAACGUCGAGACGAUGGGUUCUUUUGAGACAAGUGAUUUUAAGAAGGUUGGGCAUGGAAUGGCUGCAUUUGGUAUUAUUUUCACACUGCUUGGACUAUUUUUCUUCGACAAGGGUUUACUUGCAAUUGGAAAUAUCCUCCUUGUGUCAGGAGUUCUCUUGACUGCUGGAGCAAACUCUCUGCACUUCUUCUUGAGGCCUAAAAACUAUAAGAGUUCCGUUCCCCUCAUGUUGGGCUUCGUCCUUGUAAUAGCAGGAUGGCCUAUCACUGGAUUGUUUUCGGAGACUUGUGGUUUCGUAUUCCUUUUCAGAGAAAUCUGGCCUACAGUAGCAAAUUUCUUGAGGAAGUUGCCGAUUCUUGGUUCUGUGCUACGUCUAUCUUCUGGACACCCGUACUUUGCUCGUUCAAGAGGCAAUCGAUGCCCUGUAUGAGAUUUACUGGACGCUAUAGUUCAGUCUGAUAACAAGCCACUGAGUAACACUUCAAGGGAACUACAACAGCAAUAAGCAAUGGAGUUUUUGGCACAAGCCUUACCAAGUUACAAUGUUAUUCUUGAAUUUGUACCUACAUAUGCUUCUUUACUUCAAACUGAAGUUUGAUUAGAGAUAAAAGUUUCUUUGGCAAACUUGUGAAUGCCAAGAACAAUUCUACACAAGAAUCUUAUAUUGUUGUUUGAGAAUUUAAUUGAGCUCUCUGUCCAAGCUGCUGAUGCAUAUUUCU